AUGAAAGACAAUGUCAAUGACGGAAUUCUGGAAAAAGACUGUGAAAAAUGCAAUAAUAAAAGUGAGAAGAAAAAUUUACGUGAUGCUCAAACGAGUCCACAAAAGAGUCCAUUAAAAAAUUCAAUAUCACCAAAAAUACCAAAAAAACAGCUAUUAAGUCCAUCGAAAAUUGAUUUGCCACCUUCGCCUCAUCAUCCGAGAGCAACUUUAGAAAAAUCUAAUUCGUUGGGAGAUUCGAAACCAGUCAAACAGUUAAGAACAACAAAAAGCCUCUCACCACGUCCUCCAAUUAAGCAUCAAUCUGCUGUACAAGAUGAAAAUAAUGUUGUGGUAAAAGUCUCACCAGCAGAAGAUGAAGGUGGUAAUGAGAUGAAUAAAUCACUGACUGAAAAACAGAUUAACAAUAAAAAGGCUGAUAAAAUCGUAGAAAGCUUAAAACUUGAUGAUUGGCAAAAAAACCGAAGUACUGGAUGUCUAGUUUAUGUUCCAUCCGAUCCAUGGACAAAAAUGGAUUCAAGGACACAACAACCCAUUGAAGAUCAACCACAAAAGGGCAAGAAAGGUUCAAAUCGUAUGAAGAAAUUAAUGGACGUAAAAUCAUUGAGUAAACCAGACUUGAUUGAUGAUAGUGACAAUGAUCCAUGGGUAUUAGAUGAGACGAGAAAAUCACGUGAUACAACGAAUAAAAAGAGUGCAACAUAUCGACAUCAAUCAAAAUCUCUUCAUAUUGAUACGAGAUCUACUGGAACUGCACGUCCGAGACUUCAACGAUCAAAAUCACCAGUUCUUAUAGCGCCACUUGAUGAUGUUCAAUUUUCAAAAGGACCAUUAUCCCCAAAAGAUCCGCUAUCGUCUUUAUCUCCAACACUUGGUUACCAUUCCGUACCAGAUAAAGAAGCUCGAGCAAAAAGUAUCAAUAAUGGACGUAAGAAGCAAAAUCAACAACAAUUUCUGAAUGUGUCAAAUCCAAAUUUAUUACAACAAUCACGUCACAGCUUCUCCACAUCACCGACAACAUUAACUGGAAAUGCAAAGGAUGAUGAAUUGACAUUGAACAUAAGGCGAUUAAGUGAGCAGAUAAAAUACUCAUCGACAUACGGUAGCUAUGGGAAUUUUCAUGGAACAUCAAGUGCUGUAACAAGUCCUAAACAAAUUGAAGGUAUGGAAAAAAGUGCAAGUUUAUUAAGCGAUUCUCUGCUAGAGACAACGUGCUGA